AUGCUGAGGUGUCAGGUCGGAGACGCUCUUCGCUGGUUGUCUCUGCUGACUGGGAUUUUGGAAAGCCUGUGCUUCACCGCAUUGAUCAACGGCUGGCCCUCCCUCGUCAUAGUGCUGAAAAGAGAUGGCUACUUCGGCGACUUCUGCACGAACGCCACCGCAGCUAACGGCUCCGUCUACACAGACUGCAGUGGACAGGAUGUGCAGCUCUCCCUGAUCUUCUCCAUUGCCUCCACUGGGUGCAAACUGUUCACGCUUCCAAUUGGUUUCAUCUUUGACCGCUUUGGCACCAUGGCAACAAGACUUCUGGCUGUGUUACUCUACACCAUUUCUACACUGAUGGUUGCCUUUUCAACUGCAGAGCUGUCAGUCCUACUCUACCCAGCGAUGUUCACCAUUGCUGUUGUGGGCUCGAUGCUCUAUGUCACGAACGUGCAGGUGGGGAACCUCUUCGGCUCCCAUCGCUCCACUGUCAUAUCGCUCAAUGCUGGAGCCAGCAACUCCUCCCCUGUCAUUUUCCUCAUCAUUGAGGUUCUGAAUGGAGUAGGGGUCUCUCUUCGCUCCUCUUUCCUCUUCUUGGCUGCCUCCAGUGUGAUCCUUCUCCUCCGAACUUUCUUCCUCAUGCCUAAGACUCACAUCCCCUACCCAUUGCCUGAAAACUACAUGUACAGAUGGACUAGCUGUGGCCAAUCCAACAGCCCGGAACAGCAGGAGGCGGGGAGAAUGGAUAACACAGGGACAACUCAGAGUGAUGUACAUGUUCAGAGCGCCCCCUCUCUGAAGGAGGACACGCAGCCAUCUGAAAACCCUCCGGUGAACAUCAAGUCAAGUGGCAUUGGGACUCAAGCUUCUCCUCUUGCCUCCUUUGUCUCAGAGGCCAGUCUUAGGAGCUGUGUCCUGUCCUGGUUCUUCCUGUUCCACCUGCUGUGGUACUCCCUCAUGCAGCUGAACCUCUGCUUCUUCAUCGGCACCCUGAACCCCAUGCUCAGCCGACUGGCCGAUGGAGACUCCACCCUCGUGAAUAACUACACUAGCGCCUUCGGCUUGGCCCAGCUGCUGCCCGUUUUCCUCUCUCCCAUUAAUGGAAUGCUUAUUGACCGGAUUAAAGGGAAGAAGAGAGUCUCAGGAGAGACAGAGAAGGAGGCAGACCUGCGUUCCUCUAUUCUCUCCCUCUUCCUCACCACCAUCAUCUGCGUCCUCUUCUCCAUAUGCGUUAGCAUUCCCGUCCUCCCGCUGCAGUACCUCUCCUUCCUCCUAAAUGUCCUGUGUUUCUCCUUCCUGAGCGGCAGCCAUUCCACCUUCCUCACCGUGGCUUUCCCAUCCUGCCAUUAUGGGAUGCUGUAUGGACUGAUAGCUGCCCUCACAGCUGUGGUCCUGAUGCUGCAGUCCCCUCUGCUCAUUAUUAUCAAUGCCUUCCUGGAGGGGGACCCUCUCUAUGUGAAUAUCGCCCUGACUUUUCUGACCCUGCUGACCUUCAUCCACCCUCUCUACACUCGCCUCUACUGCCGAAAACGGGCUGCAUGCCGCCAAGGUUCAGCGGCCUCCUAA